AUGUGCUUCACAACCUCAAGCACCUACAAAUGCUCCCACCCCAUAACACAAUCAUGGACACCCCCGGACGUCCACCAGUGCCCAGAAGCCAUGCAUAGCCGCCUGCUCAACAGCGACGGCACCGUCCAGCGCUGCGGAGGUGGCGCCGGCAACUACGUAAACGUCUUUAUAUACCGAGGCCUGUGCGACGCGUGCUGGUCGGUCGAGUGGCUGGUGGGUCACGGCUGGGGUUGCUGCCAGUGCAGCGAGGAGAUGGAGGAGGGCGUCUAG